UUUUUAUGAGACAGUUCACUUUGUAGCCCAGGCUGGCCUUGAACUCAGUGUUGGCUUCGAACUCUUCCCCUGCACACCCCAUUUUUAUGAGACAGUUCACUUUAGCCCAGGCUGGCCUUGAACUCAGUGUUGGCUUCGAACUCGAUUCAUUCUUCGAACUCGUUGUGUAGCCUAGGCUGGCUUCAGGCUUUGUAGCUCAGGCUGACCUCGGAAUCACCGUCUAGCCCAGGCUGGCCCCAGGGGGAUGGUCGUCUUCGUGCCUCUACCUCCUAAGUCCUGUGAUGACGAGCAUGGGCCACCGUGAGCCCCCCCUUUCCAUGUCAGUUGCUGACUCCCCUUCAUGAGGGUUUCUCUCUAGCCCUGGUUGUCCUGGAACUUUCUCUGUAGACCAGGCUGGCCUCCAGAGAUCCAUUUGUCUCUGCCUCUGAGUGCUGAGAUUAAAGGCAUGCGAUACCAUGACCAGCUCACCUUGUUAAUUUUUGAUGCUGACCAUCUUUCUGAAAUAGAAUCUCCAUGGCCUGAACAUUUCUUGACAAUCAUUUUGAGCAAAUUAUACGUUUAAUAAGAAGAUAACCACAUCAAGAUGGUGGGAAAGCUGAAGCAGAACUUACUUUUGGCGUGUCUGGUGAUUGGUUCUAUGACAGUCUUUUACCUGGGCCAGCAUGCCAUGGAGUGCCAUCACCGAAUAGAGGAACGUAGCCAGCCAGCUAGACUGGAGAACCCCAAGACAACUGUGGGAACUGGCCUGGACAUCAGACCCAACAAAACACUCACCUAUCACAAAGAUAUGCCUUUAAUAUUUAUCGGAGGUGUGCCUCGGAGUGGAACCACGCUCAUGAGGGCUAUGCUGGAUGCACAUCCUGACAUCCGCUGUGGAGAGGAAACCAGGGUCAUCCCUCGAAUCCUUGCCCUGAAGCAGAUGUGGUCCCGGUCCAGUAAAGAGAAGAUCCGCCUGGAUGAGGCUGGUGUCACUGAUGAAGUGCUGGAUUCUGCCAUGCAAGCCUUCCUUCUGGAGGUCAUUGUUAAACACGGGGAGCCAGCACCUUACUUAUGUAACAAAGAUCCUUUUGCCCUGAAAUCCUUGACUUACCUUGCUAGGUUAUUUCCCAAUGCCAAAUUUCUCCUGAUGGUCCGAGAUGGCCGGGCAACAGUACAUUCAAUGAUUUCUCGAAGAGUUACCAUAGCUGGAUUUGACCUGAACAGCUACAGGGACUGUUUGACCAAGUGGAAUCGGGCCAUAGAAACCAUGUAUAACCAGUGUAUGGAGGUUGGUUAUAAAAAGUGCAUGUUGGUUCACUAUGAACAGCUUGUCUUACACCCUGAACGGUGGAUGAGAACACUCUUAAAGUUCCUCCAUAUUCCAUGGAACCAUUCAGUUUUGCACCAUGAAGAAAUGAUCGGGAAAGCUGGGGGAGUGUCUCUGUCAAAAGUGGAAAGAUCAACAGACCAAGUCAUCAAGCCUGUCAACGUGGGGGCUCUAUCAAAGUGGGUUGGGAAGAUACCCCCAGAUGUUUUACAAGACAUGGCCGUGAUUGCACCCAUGCUUGCUAAACUUGGAUAUGACCCAUAUGCCAAUCCCCCUAACUAUGGAAAACCUGACCCCAAGAUCCUUGAAAACACCAGAAGGGUCUAUAAAGGAGAAUUUCAGCUCCCUGACUUUCUGAAAGAAAAACCCCAGACUGAGCAAGUGGAGUAGCUGAUCUGGAACUUCCCACAGUGAGGGACGACUGCUGCCUUUUCUACAGAAGAGAAAUCUCUGGAACCGCUGUCUUCUGCUGGGAGAAGUGGGAUGUCCUGUUCACCUGCCAGCCUCCUGUCCCUGAGUGGGUGUCACACAGCCAGGCUCCCUGAGUAAUGGCUCUUGAGCCCAGUGACAUGCACAACCCUCAAGAUAAGGAGCCCAACAGGCACAGAGUUCUGUUACAGCUCCUCUUGGUCUUGUCUUUUCUUACCAGAUUCCAGUCUUUCAUUUCAAGAGAAGAAGGGUUUAAAGAUGGCAUUCUGUUAACAAAACUGGCACUCUUGUUCGGAAUAGGUUAUCUGUACACGUUCUGGUAUUUUGUAGAAGACUCGUACCUGUUUAAAUGUAUUGAUGUGGAUAAUAGUAAAUACCUUAAUUAUUUAAAUAAUUCAUUGUAUUGUUUCAGAGACGUUGGGAAUUACUGUAUACAUUUACAACUUAAUGACUUUUGUAUUUUAUUUUUCAAAAUAAAAGCUUAAAUGUGAA